CGCGACCCUUCGUCUCGCCUUCCAUCUCGACUGUACUUUAGACUGCCUGCACACUCUCCUUUGGACACGGACCCCCACACCCACCCCUCGGGCUUGCUCGCACAAGACACCACCAUUUUGAAAAUAGCGAGGGCAGCGGAGGCAGGCAGAAUGGAAGCCCGCAAGACGUUCAGCUCUGCCGCCCGCAACUUCUCCUCCUCUUCGCUUCGAGAGCGGCUCACCAGCCUCCACCUCCCGGCUCCGCCCAUCCCGCCCGCGUUCACGGCGCCCAAUAUCGAGUUCGUCCGCGGGCGGAUCCCCAGAAAACGGAGGCUGCAGACACUCGCGGUCGCGAUAUGGUCGACGACGAUCGUGUGGUGCACGUUUGCGUGGCUCAUAUUGAUGUCGAUACCGCCACUGUGGCCGGUGCUCGCGCUGUAUAUGGUCUGGGCGUUGUGCGUCGACCGGAGUCCGGAGCAUGGAGGCAGGCUGAGCCCUUGGUUCCGCGCCGGGAGGUUCUGGAGGUACUUCGCUGACUACUACCCUGCGACCCUUCUCAAGACGUGUGACAUUCCCGCAGACAGACCCUAUGUCUUCGGUUACCAUCCUCAUGGUAUCAUAGGCAUGGGUGCUCUCUGCACAUUCGCGACGGAAAGCAUCGGCUUUUCGCAGCUUUACCCGGGCAUCGUCCCGCACCUGCUCACGCUCGCGUCCAACUUCCGCAUCCCGUUCUACCGCGACAUCCUCCUUGCCAUGGGCAUCUGCUCUGUGAGCAAGCAGUCGUGCAGCAACAUCCUGAAGGGUGGGCCCGGGCAGGCGAUCACCAUCGUGGUCGGCGGCGCUGCGGAGAGCUUGAGUGCAAGACCGGGGACGGCGGACUUGACGCUGAGGAAGCGCUUGGGUUUCAUCAAGGUCGCCAUACAACAUGGAGCCGACCUCGUCCCCGUUUUCUCGUUCGGCGAGAAUGACAUCUACGAACAGAUGCCCAAUCACCCGGGGACGACGAUAUACACCCUGCAGAAGAAGUUCCAGAACGUGUUCGGCUUCACUCUCCCCCUCUUCCAUGGUAGAGGCCUUCUCAACUACAACCUCGGUCUGCUGCCGUACAGACGACGCAUUGUCGCAGUUAUCGGCCACCCGAUCCACGUAGAGAAGUGCGAGAAACCGACACUAGAGGAGAUCACGCACGUCCAGCAACUGUACAUAGAAGAGCUUAUGAGGAUAUGGAAUACUUAUAAAAACGAGUUUGCGCGGACGCGGAAACGAGAACUUAGCAUAAUCGAGUAGGGCCGUCUUUGUGUCCAUAUUGUAUUUUUCGCCUCUUCCGUGGACUGCGCUCGGUAGAUCGUGCAGCAACCGACGUAUGAGAUGCUGACUUUGCUCGAAGGGCUUCGUAGUCUCCGUGGGCUGCCGGAUGCCCUGUACUGUUAUAUCCCGG